UUUUGUGUGGAUCUUUUACUCUGCAUGAGUGUGUGUAAAACUUUCUUUUGUUCAAUUACGUCCUCUCAAUUUCCAACAGUCUCUCCUGUGAGUGUUUUGGUUGAAUUUUUUUUUUUUAAUUUUCUGUGUUUCACUUCCAUUUUGCUCUCUCGUCAUUUAUCAAAAAUGGCGGGAAUCGUUCACUCUCUAUUUUUCUCGCCGAACUCCCCCAAAACGCCGUCAAUUCGACACCGCAACUCCAGGUUCCGACCAGUAUCAAGCAAUCCGUACUCUUUGAAUCAUCGCAGCUCUUCGAUUCCUCUCCCCUUGAGAAUCAAAGCCUGCCAGAAACCUAACAAGGAAAACAACGACAAAGUUUCAGCCAAAGGCUUAGUUUGGGGACAAUCAUUGUUGAAUUUUGUAGAUAAUAACUUUCUUCCACUAGCUCUUAUUGGUGGAGUAGUAGUAGGACUUGCAAACCCUAGCCUUGGUUGUGUUGCUGAUAAAUAUUCUCUCUCAAAAUUUAGCACAUUUGGGAUAUUUUUCAUUUCAGGUUUGACACUGCGAAAUGCGGAAGUUGGUGCUGCUGUGGAAGCUUGGCUUGUGGGAGUUUUUGGGCUUUGCUCCAUUCUAUUUUUCACACCGUACCUAUCAAGGAUAAUUUUGCAAAUUCAGCUGCAACCUCGUGAAUUUAUAACAGGACUGGCUUUAUUUUGCUGCAUGCCUACUACACUAUCGAGUGGAGUGGCACUAACUCAGCUUGCUGGAGGAAAUUCUGCUCUAGCUUUAGCAAUGACAGUGAUAUCAAAUCUUCUGGGAAUUUUGAUUAUUCCCUUUUCUAUCUCCAGAUUCAUAGGUGCCGAUGUUGGUGUAUCUGUUCCAACUGAGCAACUGUUGAAAAGUCUUGCUCUCACUCUUUUACUCCCUCUUAUCAUUGGAAAGGUUGUUCGCGAAUCCUCCAAAGGUUGUGCAGGCUUUGUUGAUCGAAACCGUAAGCUUUUCUCAAAGUUGAAUGCCAUUUGCCUUUGUUUUGUUCCAUGGAUCCAAAUAAGCAGAUCAAGGUCACUGCUAUUGAUGGUUAGGCCUGAAGUUUUCCUUGUAGCUGUUGGUAUGGGAAUAUUACUGCAUGUCGUCUUAUUUGCUUUCAAUACUCUUGCAAUACGAGGCCUUGCUACUGUAUCUGGAGGCGACCAAUCAGUUUUCGCUAAGAAAGAAAAUGCUGAUGCUUUCGUCCUCGUUACAAGCCAGAAAACUCUUCCAGUUCUUGCUGCAGUAGUGGAACAGCUUGGUGGUGCAUUUGGUGAAUCUGGGCUGCUGGUCCUUCCUUGUGUUGCUGCACAUUUGAAUCAGAUAAUCAUGGACUCAUUUCUUGUAAAUUUCUGGCUGCGAAAGGAUAAUGCAUCAAAAAAUGCCAAGACCGCCUGAAUAAUCGGAAUCCUGACUGUAGUGCUCUCUGUGCAAACCCAUCAUGUUUGUGUUAUAUCACAGGUGCAAAUUGCUUAGAAAAUCUGGUGAUGGGCUACUUCUGGAAGUACCUCUCUGCAAGCCAAUAUAUUUGUGGGAAAAUUACUAUAUCUUACCUUGAUAUUAAGUCAAAACUACUGUUUUAACUGAAUUUUAAAAACUCAUUGUUUCCUUUUCGGUUAUCAAAUACUUAUAUUUCAGGGGGAAAAGUGAUUUUUAAAAUUAGGACGUAAAAUAGUAAUAUUGAACUAACAUCAAGGAAUGUUAGUAAUAUGUUGUAAUUCUUUUUGUCAAAAUGUACAUUAAGCUGUUAAA